AUGUCGGACGAUGACGCAGUCCGUUCAAGUGCCCCUCCGCCAUUAAAUUGUGAAAAUACGGUGCCUGCUCUACCAGACAAUUCUUCCGAUUCCCUCGGGAGAAGCGUUGAACCGGUGGAAAAUGGAGUUAACGUUUCGAGUGAGAUACCAAAUACUAAAAGCGAGGUGACCAAUUCAACGCUCAGUACAGAAACAGAGACAACACCUACGCCGAUUGACCAUGAAGUGAUACAACGAAAAUGCGUCCAAUUUACGACACCAACACCAGCCGGCACCAGUGACGAUACGUUGCGCAAGUUCAUUGAGGGCGAUGAAAUAUUGGACAAGGAAAAUCCGUUCAAAAUAGACAAACAAAGCGCCUUUGAUCAUUUCGUGCGGCCUCGAAAACAGGAUAAAAUUUAUGAUAAGUAUACUACCUCUAACGGUAAUGAGAUCGUUAUCAGUGACGGAAACGUUGACGUCACAGAUGAUGCCGAUGACGAUAACGUGUUUAUAACAAAAGAAGAGAUACUAAGGCAAUCGAAGUUUGUAAAGACCUACAUUAAAAAUCCCGACAAGCAGCUCAACUAUGAUAAAAGCGUCAUUCAAAAGUUGAAUGCCAUUAGGGCGCAAGGACGCAGUGUGCGAGAUGUGGUGGUGGUCGAAUGUGCACCGUUGCCGGUGAUGAAACGGCCACCGGUUCCGGCACCGAGGGCCGUUUAUAGUCAGAAUGAUAGAAACAACAACAAUCGAAGGACAGAGUCACCGCAACCAGAUCGAGCUAGAAACCCUAUACCCGCACCAAGGGUGCGCCGUGAUUAUGUGGAUCUACGGGUUCGCAUUGGCUCGGCAGAGACCGAAGAGUCGCUGUACGACUCAAACGAGGUGGUUCAGAACGCGCUGAAGUUUGAUAGUCGGUUUCGGAAAGUGGAUUUUGGCUCACAGGACGAUAUCGAUACGAUUGCCGAAAGAACGGAAGACAGUGAGGAGAGGAUUGUGGGUGCAAACCCAACCGAGGUUCUACCGGAGAAACGGCGCAAUGGUGCUACGAACAAGGACCAAGCAGAUGGGAAGAAAUCUACCUUCGCCGAGGAUGUGAAGAAAACCUUUUCCAACACCGUGAAAAGUGCCGAUUUCAGGAAGUACCUCCAAAGCAAGGGACUUUCUCUCGUGCCGGCAAAACCGAAAGCAAUCGAGAGUGCAGAUCGGGAGAAAAGUUCCGUUCGAUCGAACACGAAAGAUCGUGGCCCUUCCGUAACAUUUUACAACGGCAGCCAGAGCCGACCUGCGCCCCUACAAACUAAGUCACCCUCGGUGCUAGCGCGGAUGUUCCAGAACAAUCGGUUUACGCGAAAAACGUCGAUUGAGCCUGCUUACACCGCACUGUAUGCACGAUCUUCCAAUCCGGUGCAGAUCAGUUCGCAGUCUAACGGACUCGGACAGCGGUCACAGCUACCGGUACAACGGUUUGGCAGUUUUAACGGUUCCCUCAACAAGCGAUCCAUCACGAUGGAUGUCAAACCAAAGGUUAAUGUUAAACAACUGGCAGAUGGGAGAGAGGAAAUCGCCUGCAUUCGGCGGCCUGCUUCCGUUAACGAAGUUGAUCGACCAAAACUACGUGGCUAUUUUCCGAACCGAUCAAAUUCGACAGACGAUAGCUGGAAACGUCCAGUGAGAAAUGCAGGUGUGCAAGUGAAUUUUGCCAAAAGCGACACGAACGGCACCGGUAGUAUCGCUCGUCGGCAAGUAGUUGCAGUGCAUCAGCGUCCUGAUAGCUGGCAGCCUAGCGGAUUGUUGUACAAAGAUGCCGGAGUACAGAAAAGUACCGUAACAUGUCAACCGACGCAGCUUCGUCCGGACAUUCGUUCCUACGGGGGAUCUUCUCACACGGUGGCUCCCCUUUAUUCUGAGCCUUUGCGCGAAGCUCCGAUAAUGGUGCAAAAUGAAAGAGAAUCGGUGCUGCUAUCGUCCGGCACGGACAGUGGUUAUCACAUCUACGAACAAACGCCGGAUAAUUUACGACGGGGAGAGCUGGUUUACGGAAGAAUUGGAUACCUUAGCAACGCUCAAUCGAACCAAGGCAUUCCGCAGGAUCGCCGGUCGUACAGCAGCUUGCAACACGAAGUUAUGGCCACAAAUGGCACCUACGGUCGGCUUCGUCCUGUGUACAUGUCGUCGCCAGUCUCGACCCAAUCCACGCCAAUCCGCCGUGGCUCAGUAACGGUCGAUCGUGAACAGAUUCUCGAUCGGAUUUACGACUUUUGUCGACGUUCGGUACGGAAUGCCAGUAAAACGAGCAUCCAUUCGAACCAAACCGAACCGCUAUACCAGAGCCACACGCCACACGGGAGAGUAGUGGCCAGUGGAUCCUUUCCCUUGCCAGCUCAGCGGGUGCAUCGAGUACAAAGUCUAAACAACCCUCGCACGAGUGUAAUGCAUUACGCAACGGAAAAGUACACCAAGCCAACGAUGAUUCCUUCGACAACAAAUGUUUCCAAUCGCGACAAAACUGCGACUCUCCGCCAAAAUCAGCACGAACGCAAUAUCGAGAACAUUUACGCCUUUGUAACCAAAAUGCAAAUGAAUCAACCGAAUACGGGCGAAAAAGGAAGUCGGCAGCAGCGUGUGCAGGCAGUGCAAACGUCAGCAGCUUCAACACUGCGAAGAGUUACUUUCACAAAAAACGGUUCCGUGCUAAGCGAUAACGGGCUUGAUGAAGCUGAUUAUAUUAACAUUCGUGGUGCUCCAGAUGGGCUACUAACAUAUGGAAUUGGUUCGCUUUAAAAUAGUUUACAAUGUCCGGAGCUUUUAGGCAGCAGAAGUAUCCAGUACAGAACUACACAAUGCUGAAAGAUUUCACAUGGCCGCGUGAUUGUUAUUAGCAACGUAACCGAUUCUUUCGUAAAAAAAGAUCGUGAUAAAGAGCAAAGCAAUACAGUAUUCUAAAAGGAACGCUGAUGACCUUAAGUCACAGAAAAAAAAACAAACACACUAAUAAACUGAUACAUUUUGAAUUUUAUUUUCGUCUACACUGCGAGUGUAGAUUCGCCGAACCAUUUUUACUAUUGCGCGCGUAGGCAUGCAUACUAUUAUAUACAUAUACAUAUUAGCAACACGCAUAAAUACAUUUAUAUACACAUUUUUUUGUAAAUUUGAAAAUAAACUAUUGUGACCAUUUGGAAUCGC